AGAACCCUAAAAGAAAAGCAGCGAAAAUGCCGGAGCUACCGGAGGUGGAGGCGGCCAGGAGAGCGAUAGAGGAGAAUUGCUUGGGGAAGAAGAUAACGAGAGCGAUAAUAGCGAACGACUCCAAAGUGAUUGAUGGCGUGUCAGCAUCUGAUUUCGAGUCCUCGAUUUUGGGAAAGACAAUCGUCUCUGCCAACCGCAAGGGCAAGAACCUCUGGCUCCACCUUGAUUCCCCUCCUUUUCCGUCCUUUCAGUUUGGGAUGGCAGGAGCUAUAUAUAUUAAGGGGGUUGCAGUUACUAAGUAUAAAAGGUCUACUGUCAAAGAUUCUGAUGAAUGGCCUUCCAAGUACUCAAAAUUUUUUAUUGAACUAGAUGAUGGUCUGGAGCUAUGUUUCACUGACAAGAGGAGAUUUGCUAAAGUUCGCUUGCUCAAAGAUGUACUACCUACUUUAGUACCUCCGAUCUCUGAUCUUGGCCCUGAUGCUUUAUUGGAGCCUAUGGCAAUUAAUCAAUUUUCCGAAUCUCUAAGCAAGAAAAAACUUUCCAUUAAAGCUCUAUUACUUGAUCAGGGUUAUAUUUCAGGCAUUGGAAACUGGAUUGCUGAUGAAGUGCUGUACCAAGCUAGAAUUCAUCCUCUCCAGGUUGCUGCCAGCCUGUCCAAAGAACAAUGUGCAGCUUUACACAAGUGCGUCAAGGAGGUCAUUGAAAAGGCACUUGAAGUUGGGGCAGACAGUAGUCAGUUUCCUAGUAAUUGGAUCUUUCAUUCCCGUGAAAAGAAGCCUGGCAAGGCUUUUGUUGAUGGAAAGAGAAUUGAUUUUAUCAGUGCCGGUGGCAGGACAACAGCUUAUGUACCAGAAUUGCAAAAGCUGAGUGGAAACCAAGCUAAAAAAGCUGCGGUUAAACCAGAAAAGCAAACUGUAAAAAGAAAAGGAAGUAAGGAUGAUGAGGAGGAAGAAAGUGAGGAUGCAGACGAUAAAGCCAAAUUGAAACAAGUCGCGGAAUCAAGAGGUCGUAGCAAGAAACCUCCAGUGAAAAGAAAAUCCAGUGAGAGUGACGAAAGUGAUGACUCUAACAAUGAUGAGAGCGAUAAGAAUGGUGAUCAGAAAAAGAAAUCUCAAAAGGUGACAAGCAGUAGAAAGAACAAAUUAGCAAAGACACCCAAGAGAAAAGUAACUGGUCCAAAUAACAAGAAUUCCCAGUGGAAAAAGUAGUUUGCAGUUAUUGGAAGGUAAGUUUCGGAAGAACAAAA